UGGCGAGGGAAUUACAAAGGCGAUGAAGGCGCAGCCAAGUCCCAGGUAGUGUGUGCCAGAUUUAAGCUGAUUUAAAGUUGUGCAGACUGACUCUGAAACUUUCUUUGUACAAGGGACGACGACUUUUGAAAAAAGCUGCUCAUUUUUUUGCCAGCAGCGUGCACCUGGCUCAGGGAACCUGCUGAGGUGUGCUCACCUGGCAAAGGCGACAUGGUCGGUGGUGCUUUGCAGAUCGCUGGGCUGCUCGUUGGUGGCAUUGGCAUGAUCGGGACGUUCGCCGUCACGGGCAUGCCUCAGUGGAGGGUGUCUGCCUUCAUCGAGAACAACAUCAUUGUGUUUGAGACCAUUUGGGAAGGGCUGUGGAUGCACUGCAUCAGGCAAGCCAACAUCAGGAUGCAGUGCAAGGUCUAUGACUCCGUGCUGGCCCUCUCGCCGGACCUGCAGGCAUCCCGAGGGCUGAUGUGUGCUGGGUCGGCGCUCUCGUUCCUCGCUUUCAUGGUUGCCAUUAUUGGGAUGAAGUGCACGCGGUGCGUGCAGAGCAGCUGGCAAGCCAAGGGCUACAUUAUUCUGACGGCUGGGCUCCUCUUCGUCCUCUCAGGUGCCGUUGAGCUCGUUCCAGUCUGCUGGGUUGCCAACACCAUCAUCAGUGACUUCUACAACCCCGUGGUCAACACUGCCCAGAAAAGGGAGCUUGGAGAGGCCCUCUACCUGGGCUGGGUAGCUGCCUUCUGCCUCGUUGCUGCCGGAGCCAUAUUCUGUUCUUUUUGCCGCUGCUGUGAGAAAACCAGAAGCUACGGAUACUCCGCACCAGCCCAGUGCCCCACUCACAGCCAGGAUUCGCACAGGAAGACGGAAAGCUCGUAUUCCAAAAGUCAGUACGUCUAGAUGCCUCCUGCCUUUUCCUAUUUUUGAAGCGUUCAAUCUGUCUGGAUGGAUUUCGGCUUCUGCACAAAAGGGCAGCUAGAAAGCUGCCUUUGCCUCCUGCCUGUAACUGCUGCUGUUGGGGCUGCGUUUUGGAGUCACCCGCAGUGGGCUCUGCUGUGGCUAAUGCUGCAGCACAGACCAUUUUAAUGCAUGGAAAGGUGAAUGUUUAAUAUUAUUUUAAUAGUAAGUUGGAAUAGCUUUUGGGUUGUGUGGCUUCACUUUGGGUUGCAUUUUAUGUGUAAAACAGUAAUAAAGGGCUUAAAGUUCCACUGUGAUAUGAAAUUCUGGCCUAUGGCAAAGAAGAGGGAAGUUAAGCAGCUGGGGUUUUUUUUGUUUUUUUUUUUUUCCUGCCUGGGAAAGAGGGGAUAACAGUGAAUAAGGACAAGAUAAUAAUGGUUUAAAAGAAAAGCAUUCACUAAGGGAUUGAUUUACUGUAGGUUUAAUGGAAAGUUACAUGAAGAAUUUAUUCAGCAGAGGAAGAUAAGCUGAAAUAUAUGAAAAAUAUCCCUUAUUUCAGAGAAUAAACAUAGCUCCAUGUUCAUCAUAAAUACCAUCUUUUUGGUGAAAGUUAAUAUUUCUUUUCUAAUCCAUAUAGGUCAAACUCAUUCACAUCCUUCUUUUUAGAAGCAGCAGUAUUCCCUUGCAAACUCCUCACGGCUUACAACAUUUUGCAAUAUUGCACAUACCACAAACACUGUGUUGGUUACUUGCCGCAGGACUCUGUGAUAUAUAUAUUUUUAAAUAAGGGUCUUUUGUACAAUCAGACUGAUAUUUUUGCUGAGACCCACUCACACCAGAAAAGCUUAUAGGCAUAAAGAACAUAAACAGUGAUAUUAUUUUCUCACAGUUCACAUUAAAACAAGCUAAACAAUAUUUUUAAUAAUAAUAUCGUGCACCUAUGAUACACAACAAUGUAAAGAAAUCAAGUCUACUGACAAAUAAAUAGCUCCAUACAAAUUAAUUUAAUAAAUGACCCAAAUUAAUCAAUAGUAGUAAUAUUUUAACAGAAUUUUGUAACCAAUGAAUAAGUUGUAACUUCAGACCCAGAGAAAUCAAUGGAAUUUUGCCUUUGACUGAACUAGGAACACAAGUUAAUUUGUGGUGUUUAAUGGAGAACAACAUUCUUGUUCUAGAGCUUCAUUGACUGUUUUAAAUAUUUUAUGGAAAGCUUAUUAUGUGAUCUGUAGUUCUCUAGUGAAUUCCUUGGACUAUUACUACUUGGAAGUUUGGAAGAAAAUUCUUUACUUCAUAAGAUGCAACUCUGAACAGGCUAGAAGAAACCAAAAUCUGCCCCAGAACUCUCCUCACAGUGUUUGUAAGAUACAUAGUAAGAUGUGC